GCCUAUAUCAAAUCUUCAGAAAGAGCUGCUCAGCAAGGACAAAGCAGAGGCGGCGAUACUCACCAGACCUGGAGGCGGAGUCUUCAGAGGCACUCUACCCGACCCUGGACAGAGCAGCGCGGUACCAGUACCGGACCUCGACGAUGCUGACGACGAACUUGCUGCUCUACAGCUUAUGGUCACCAGUCAGGAUUCGCCAUUCGGCUGGGAGUUCGGUGGCACGGAUGCGAAGCUCAGCGACAUCUUCGUGGACAUCAGCACGAGGAACAUGACGCCCCACGAGCGCGCGGCGUUCAUGCAGGGCAAGCGGAAGGAGCUGACGGAGUUCAUCGGCAAUGACGUCUGGGAGUUUCACAAGCCCACCGGGGAGGAGGACCCUCGGCGGAUACUCAAGGCGAAGUGGGUGAUCAAGUGGACAAAGAACGACGACGGCACACCACGUGCCAAGGCGCGGCUGGCACUGCAAGGUUUCAACGACCCCGACGCACUCAGUGGCGCAGUACCGACGGCAUCGCCUACAGCAUCGAGACUGGCAAGACAGAUGGCGCUACUACUGGCGGCUAACAACGGCUGGAGACUAUGGACAGCAGACGUAGCUACUGCAUGUCUUCAAGGACGACCCCAAGAGCGUGAGUUAUAUGCGAAGGUGCCCAGAGACGCGGCAGAGCUCAUGGGCAUCGAGCCGAAUACUCUCAUGAAGCUCAUUAAGCCAAUGUACGGCCAGGUGGACGCACCGAGGCGUUGGUGGCUACGUGCGGUGGACGACCUGAAGGCCAGCGGUCUCAAGCGGCAUCCUUUGGACCCCUGCGCGUUCCUCAGUUUCGAUGAGGACGGCAAUAAUGACGGGUUCAUUCUAUUCUAUGUGGACGACAUACUGGGAGGUGGAGAUCGGCGGCCGGGCAGUACUUAUAGUCGAGCUAUCACCGAGAUGGACUACUGCGGCAGCGACUUGACGCAGACCCCGCACUGGGAGAACCCGAAGUCGAACAGCAGCGAGAUUGAGGUGAAGAUGGCGACCUACGCGAAGAAUCUGAAGCCCAUCACGAUCGACCAGAAGAGCAGCGACAACACGAGGGAGCUCACUAUCAAGGAGAAGCCCCUGAUCUACGACGGCGUGGACAUCACGAAGGAUGAAAGCACCCACAUUGCGGGUGAGUCAGCAUUAGUUGUGGACGCUAAGGCGUUCUACGACGCGGCCCAGAAGGAGAGCAUCACUAGCUUCCAGGACAAGCGGACCGGCAUCGAGGUGCUAGCGCUGCGUGAGAGGAUGGAGGCUACAAUGACACGCUGGAGGUGGGUAUCUUCAGAGAGGCAAUACGCGGACGGGCUCGCGAAUAUCGCGGCGAGACAGCUCCUCGCCGACCGUCUGCGACGCGGCAGGCUACAGCUCAAGCAUGACCCGAACUACACGGCGGCGAAGAAGAAUACCAAGGAAGAGCGACAGGAGAGCAUAGAUCAGACCAGGUCGGCGACAUUGGCGGCUACGCGGAAGGCAACGACACCGUCCAUGCAGUUGGCGGUGUUCGCAACUUGUUGUUGCAGAUCGGCGGCUCACUCGGGCUACGACACGAAGAGCGAGAACGACGGCUAUGGUAUUUUGAUUUGGUUUGCCAUGUUGUUCAUAUGUCUUGGGUUUUGUGGAGCCUAUCCCGCUGCAUCCCACCUGGUAAAGAUCAAGGGUGCCGAGUAUAAAUGCAAGACUGAGUUGGCAGUUCUACGGGCGAAGGCCGAAAAGGAGCGGAUCGAGAAGGAGAGUGAACCAGAAGGACCACCAAGUGACGAGCGCGGCGGCUCGUCGAACGACCUGUACACGGCCAGGACGGUGGGAACGCAGAGCAUGACGACAUACAGCGGAGACGUAUGGAGGUUUCAGCAUCAGACCCAGGGUUUUCGCAGAUCAGGCGAGGCGACGACCGAGCCAGAGUUGACAGAAGGUUUUCGAGUUCACAAGUGA